UAGGGCGCGUUUAUAUGACGCGGAAUGUUACAGCGUGUCGGCCGCGCGACGAAAGUAUGGUGACCGCGCGGCGGCCGCGCGGUCAGGCCUGGUGGCCACGCCACUGCGAACCCGAACCAUUUCCAGUUGAUCUUGGUCUUUCUUAAAAUUCACACGUGUUCGUUAUGAGCUAUUUGACUAAGAAGAAUAAAAUUAUGAUUGCAUAUUACUUGUACCGACAAAGCAAAAAGAAAGAAAAAAAGAAUUGUAGAAAAUUUUGGAUUCAUCCUAUUUUAGCACGGCGAGAAGAGUUUGGUGAAUUUCAUACGCUAUACAACCAAUUGCGAGAAGAUGAAAAAGAAUUCGCAGAUUAUUUCCGAAUGGAUGUUAAAACAUUUGAUAAACUACUCAACUUCAUACAUGAUAAAUUGAAGCACCAGAACACUAACAUGCGGGACAGUAUUACCCCCACAGAAAGAUUAGCAGUGACAUUGCGGUACUUGGCAACAGGUCACACGUUUGCCGAUUUAAGAUACGCAUUUAGAAUUGGAAAAACAACAUUAUCGUUUAUCAUUAAAGAAGUGUGUAACUGUAUAUGGUCAGAACUAGUAAACAUAUAUAUGAAAAUACCAUCAGAAAAUGAAUGGCUGAAUAUUGCUGAAGACUUUGCUGUUAUUGCAAAUUUUCCCCACUGCCUAGGUGCUGUGGAUGGGAAGCAUAUCAGAAUAAUUAAACCUACAAAAUCUGGAUCAAUGUUCUUAAAUUACAAACACUUUUUUUCUAUUGUAUUAAUGGCAGUCGUUGACACCAAUUAUAAUUUUAUAUUUGUAGAUAUUGGUGCAUAUGGCAAGGACUGCGAUUCAAGUGUUUUUAAAGAAACUGUCUUUUGGAAGAGACUGCUGAACAAUACACUUAACUUACCACAGCCUGCUCUGAUUCCAGAGACUAAUUUUCAAUUACCGUACGUAUUUGUCGCGGAUGAAGCAUUCGCGUUGCACAAAAAUGUACUGAGACCAUUUAGUGGUCGAGAACUCAAUGAAACAAUGUCAAUAUUUAAUUAUCGUCUUACUAGAGCAAGACGUUAUGUGGAAUGCGCUUUCGGCAUAAUGGCCAAUAAAUGGAGGAUCCUCCAUCGGCCUUCAAAUGUAUCUUUGGAGCUCACAGUCGACAUUGUAAAAACCUGUUGUUUAUUACAAAACUUCAUACAUAAAGAACAGGGCAUAGGUAAUUUAAUUGUCGAUUCAGGCUUUGAACUACAGACACUGUCACGAUCAGAAUAUGCAGAUCCUUUAAUAGCAGACAAUGUUCGUCAAAAUUUUGCUGAAUAUUUUGUUUCUCCUCAGGGCAGUGUACCAUGGCAAAACAAAUAUAUAUAGAUACUCAAAAUUAUCAAAUCACUCGUUUAUUGCAAGAAUAUCACAGUUAAAAAACAAUUUUAAACUUAACUCAAAUAAUAUUUUUUUGCGAUUUAUGAUGAUGAUGAAUGUUCACAAUUUUUUAAUUACCAAAUAAAAGAUGGAAAACUUACCGUAU